AACUAUCAGCCAGAUCAUCGCGAAUGAGUGCUUUGCGGAAUGCUCACCUCUUCCAAUCGAAACAAACGCCAGUUUCAACGAUCUACGACCAACGAUACAAACGCGCUGAAUACAUAAAAAGAAAAAUUGGUGCAAAAAUAGCGAUAAAACGACGAAAAUAAGAAUAUAGAAUAAUUUUGUUUCUCCAAAAAACAAAGGCAAAAAUCAAUAUCAAAUUCUUUAUAGCAAAUAUAAUUUAGAAAAGCAUAUCAAAUCAAAGUGAUCCAACGCAACGCAAGUAUAGCGAAAAAAAAAUCUGCGAAAGGAAAAUUUUCGCAUUGCCACAAGUUUAGAGAAAAUAAGUGAAAACGUUAGUUUAGUUGCAGAAGUGGCAGACGUUUUCGGUUCGGUAAUUUCGUAAAAAACGCUGGUGGUGCUAAUUGACGUAUUAAUCUCCAGUGCAAAAGUAGAAAACAAAAACGAGAAAAACCCUUUGUAAAUAAGCUAACAUUGAACGCCACCACCCCAACACCAGAAUAGAGUGUAGAACGAACACAUCUACCUACCUAUCUAUAUAUACAUAUAGUUUUGUAAUAUUGAUCUGUGAUUUUUUUCGUAUAUUAAUUUAUUGGAACUCUCAACAUUACCUCAAACAUGGUUGCUCAGUGGAAAGCCAUCAACGACAAUUACAAAAAUCUCGAGGGUUACAAGCGUGUAGCUUGGCCUCCAGCCAAUGAAGAACGGGUUGUACGUGAGUUUACACCACAGCCCCAUGCUCAAUACACGGCACCAUUGUAUGCUCCACAAGCUCAGGAACAAAAUCAACCCCAACAACAUCAACAACAAUAUCAACCAAAUGCUGCUGUACCAUCAACUCAGGGUCCAAUUUACAAUAAUGUCCAUUACCAUGCCCCAACACCACAACAACAACACCAACAGCAACCACACCCCCAACAUCCAUAUUAUUCAAAUCAAGCACAACAACAGCAACCAACAUCUUACAUUAAUGCCACCACUACUUCCACUAACAACAACCAUGCACGUGAAACUAUGCCACCUAAUAGUCAUAAUCAAGGGGAGAACGACGAGCCGCUCUACGAGCCAUUCCCACCCCAAACUCCCGAAGCUCCAAUUGUGUUGAUAGACAAGCAAUUCAGCAGGUUGCCAUCACAGGAGCCAAUGCAAAUGAACUAUGGUCCUGCUGCUUCUGCUGCACAGCAUCACAAGCAGCCAGAAUGGCAACAGCAACAACAACCACGUGAAGAACCACCAAAACAAAUGCCAGCAAGCUUUAACCAACAACCUACACAAUAUUAUCAACAGCAAUAUCUGGCAAGCAAUCGAAACCAACAACAGCAACCACCAACCCACCAACAACAACAUCCGCAAUAUCCGCACACUCAACACCAACACCCUGCACAAUACCAGCCCGCCGAGCCGCAUCAUGAGCAGGCGACUUCCACUGGCGGCCACGACUGGUAUUACAUGGAUCGACCACAACACAACCCUAAUCAACAAGAAUUUGCUAAUGCAAAACCAACUGGGCUAGGUCAGGACGAAACCCUCAGCCCAGCUCAGCCCAUUUAUCAAAAGCAAUAUGAAUCCUAUCACCAACAACGUCAACAACAGCACGAGUUCUAUCAACAACAAUAUAAAGAUGAACUUAAGCAACGAAUGAUAGCAAACCAAAAGCAACAAGAGCUACAACAACAGCAUCACCAACACCAGUACAAACCAAGCAAUCCACAAACUCAAAAUUAUCCCCAACAACAACACCACCCCACACAAUAUCAACCUUUCGAACGUGAUGCAUCGACCCCCAGUCGCAUGAGGUACCUGGAGAGAUCACAAACCCCCAAACCGGAAUAUGGCAAGACCGUAAGGCUAGUCGGUCAUGAUGGAUCCACCACCACCACCACCCACCCAAUAGCCAAACCCAUAUAUCAAAGACAAUAUGAUUCAUAUCACCAACAACGUCAACGACAACACGAGUUCUAUCAGCAACAAUAUAGACAAGAACUUCAGCAACAAUACCAACAACAACAACCAAAACAAUAUUCCCCACAACCCCAAUACCAGGGCCAGGGACCGGUAGGCAAUCAAUACAAUCAAUACCAGCAACCCCAACAACCUCAACAGCCCUACCAGCAACCAACAACCUGGGUACAGGAGCAACAUUUACCCCAGCCCUAUAAGCCACCAACUCAACAGGCUCAAUAUCAACAGCCCCAACAACAACAGCCUCAGUACCAGGCUUCAUCUUACCAGCCAACCCCUCAAUACCAGGCCUCAUCUUAUCAACCCCAACAGGCCCCAUUGAACAAUCAAUAUCAAACUCCAUAUCAAAAUCAAUAUGUAUCGCAACCCAAUCAACAACAAUUUAAUUCUUAUUCACAGCCUCAACAACAACAACACCAACAGCCACUUCAACAAAAUGUCCAAAAUGUCUCACAUGGCAGCGAUCAAUUGGAUAAUUUGAAACAGCAUGAUCAACGCGGUGCCAGUCCCGGUAUUAUUUCCUUGCGCAAAGAGGCUCCCAUCUCUCAGGCACCCGCUCCAGUCUACACCUCUCAGCCGGCAGCCGUAAGCUUCCCGGGUGAUGAUGAUCUUUCAGGCGGCAGCAAAUUGCGUGGAGACUUGAAGUGGCCACCACCAGAGUACAAGGAAGCUGCUGCUCGUGAAAAUGAGGAACGCCGUCAAUUAGCUUUGGGACCAGUCUGUAGGCCAAGAAAAGUCAAUCGCGAUUACAGCUCAUUCUUUGCCAAGAAUGCCUUGAGCCAUCAUUAUCCCAGCUACAAGGUUCCACCAGGUACCCAACAUGUCACCUAUUAAGCUCACCACCAACCACAACAGCAACAACAACCGCGUGCAGCUAAACAAUGGAACCCCUCCCAAAGCAGCAUCAGAACAAUAGCAAUAAAAGGAUAAAUGAUAAUACACCAACAAAUAGUUAGCUGAUUUAAAUGAAUUGUUAUAACGAAAUGUAAAAUACUAACCAAAAACAAAUGCAACAGCAACAACAAAUACUUUAAAUCAUAAAAAUUUAAUCAAAUUAGUAUAUAAGCACUAUGUAUAUGCAGGCACUUUAUGUUUUUGUUGUAAAAUUAUAGGAUUUCCUCUCAGGUUUGUUUUCUUUUUAAGUGGAUACGAACAUCUUUAUCCGAAAAAAGGGAAAUUUUAUACUUUUUUUCAACAAUGUUAUAUAAUAUAAAAAAUCAAAAAAAAAAUAUUAAUUAGAGUUAAGUGUUCCUCAACAAAUUCGAUGUUAAACAAAAAAAGAAAAAAAACUUUGUUAAAUUCACAAAACGAAUGUAAAUGUCCCCCAGCAAAGGUUUUGUAGAAUGCGCAAAGAGAAGAAAAAUAAUAAUUAUUGUUAUUUUUUUUUUUAGAACUUAAGUCCUCAAUUGUUAAGCUAUUUCAAUUUUGUAGCUUUCAAUUUAAACCAAAUUAACGAAAUAAAUAUUCAGACUAACCCCAAAAUGUAUUAACGAACUUUAAACGUUGUCAACCGUGCGAGGUGUACGAGAAAACAAAAAACAACCAAAACGAUUUCAAUCAAAACAGUUAUGAACUUUUCUGUUCAUAAUGGCCAUGAUUUACAGCGAUCAUAUUCGACUCGGUUCAUAUUAAGUCACACGAAUAUCCUUGAUUUUUUAUGCAAUUCGGACAAAAGCAUCCCAAUGCACGGUUAUAUUUUUUAAUUCAUUUCUAUUCAUUUUUUGUGUUUUAAUCAAUAUAUUGUGUUCUCAACGUUUAACCAAUAACAACUAUUGAACAGAACAGAAAGAGAAA